UUUCUUAUUUUCUUUCGUUCCUUCCGCUCUCCGCUAUUUCCAGGCGUUUGUUUCCGCGAGAAGAAAGAGAAAAAUAUAUAUAUAUAUAAGGCAACACUCCCAUAACCCAAUUAUUCUUCACCACCACCCAUUCUUUCUUCUUUGAGUUCUUCUAUUCUUUGUUUAGAUAGUUAGAUCUUUUCCUCCAUCUCGGUGUCGCGAAGACAUCCGAGCGUUUCUCCGGCAAAUCGCCGUUGGAUUCUGAAAUGGCGGCGGCGGAAUGAUCUGAUCUCGCGCGAGAUCUGAUCUCCCUCUAAAAUUACCGUACUGAUUGGACAAGAGUAGGAGAGGGGGUCGGUGUCUGUCGAGAGAAGAUGAUGCCGAUGAGGAGGAUGGGCGCGUCGCCGGCGAAGGCGAAGGCGAAGGUGAAGGCGAAGGCGGCCUUCGUCCCGAUGAAAGGAUCCCCGGUCGCCUCGGUGGAGGAGUGGGAGGUCCGGCCCAGCGGGAUGCUGGUCCAGAAGCGAGACCCUGACUCCGCCCCCUCCCUCGCCCCUACGAUCCGCGUCCGCGUCAAGUACGGCGCCGCCUACCAUGAGAUCUAUCUCAGCUCCCAAGCCACCUUCGGGGAAUUGAAGAAGCUGCUGUCGUCGAGGACCGGGCUGCAUCCAGAGGACCAGAAACUGAUAUACAAGGACAAGGUGAGAGGCUCCAAAGCCUAUCUGGACCUCUCCGGCGUGAAGGACGGGUCCAAGAUGGUGUUGGUGGAGGACGCGGCCGCACAGGCGAGGCGCUUCCUGGAAAUGCGCCGCCAGGCCAAGAUCGAGAAGGCCUCCAAUUUCAUCUCCCAGAUCAGCCUCGAUGUCGACAAACUCGCCUCCGAGGUGUCUGCACUGGAGACGGUCGUAUCCAAAGGCGGAAGAGUCGCGGAGAAGGAUGUGGUGAACCUCAUCGAGAUGCUCAUGACUCAUCUGGUCAAACUGGAUGGCGUCGUCGCCGACGGCGAUCUGAAGCUGCAGAAAAGAAUGCAGGCAAAAUUACUUGAGGGUGUUCUUUUCUUCGGGAUGGUUUGCAGGAGAGGAGAAUUCAGAGGCAUGUGGAGACUCUGGACGUGCUCAAGAUCAAGAAUGCGAUGCCGAGGGCGGCCGAUGAGAAAAUGCCGGAACGGCAGCCGCAGGCGAAGAAGCGCGCGCCGCCGUCGGCGGUGGUGACGACGAAAUGGGAGGGGUUUGAUUCACUGUUCUCGCCGGCCGCCGCCUCGACGGCAACUUCGGCCGCCACCACGGCCUCCGCCGGCUCCACCGUGUCAUCCGCUCCCACCCCAAAGUUCGAUUGGGAAUUAUUUUGAGUAUAGGUGGUUAGAUAGAUACGAAUAAUCUGGUCGGGAAACUUCGCCCGGUGUUAGGUGGAUGGACGGUGUCGUAUAUGUUUGGGUUUGGUUGGUCUCUCUGUUUUUUUUCCCUUUAUAUUUUAAUUUUUUUAUUUUUAUUUUUUUGGGUCUUUUUUAUAAAAAAAUAGGCUUCCUCUGCUAUUCUUUUAUUCGUGUAUAUCUAGAAUGUAGAGGAGGUUCUGGGUCUGUAAAAACUCCUCCAUUGGGGAUCGAUGUUAGAAAUAAAUGAGUUUAUGUUAUGAUGGAAA